CGAAGCGUAUCUAUUUCUGACAGUCUAUGGCGGUAGUUAGAGCGUGAGAGAGCACAGUCGUAGCGUGCGUGAAUGUAGCUAGACAAAUAAUGAGCCAUUAAUUUGCACUGUUGCCCCACUGAGCUUUCGAACACAAGACUUCCACCGAAAAAGGUGCGCCUGGCCAAGAUGUCCGAGGAGCAGACUGUGUCUUUGGUGGACGUCCUGCAGGAGGACGAGGAGCUGGAAGAAGAAGCGUCUGCCGUGUUGGCCGGAAGCGACUCGGACCACUGCUCCUAUCCUCGGGGCUACGUGAAGCGUCAGGCCCUGUACGCGUGCAACACGUGCACCCCGAAAGGAGGUCAAGCAGCCGGCGUGUGCUUGGCGUGUUCCUACAAGUGUCACGAAGGCCACCACCUGUUUGAGCUCUACACCAAGAGGAACUUCCGCUGUGACUGCGGAAACGGCAAGUUUGCAGACGCGCCAUGUAAACUCUUUCAUGACAAGGAUGACGUCAACAGCCUGAAUAAAUACGGCCACAACUUCUUUGGCGAGUACUGCACUUGCCGCCGGCCGUACCCUGACCCAGAAGACCAGGUUGAGGACGAAAUGAUCCAGUGCGUCUUGUGUGAGGACUGGCUGCACGGCCGGCACCUGGGCUGCCAAGUUCCAGAUGGCGCCGAGCUGCAGGAGAUGAUCUGCGAGUCGUGUAUGAACGCAAACGAGUUCUUGUGGAGCUACGCCGCUCGGCUGGCAGUUCCAGGUCACGCGGUGGAGUCGGAGACGGGGCGGGAGGCGUGCGCCGACGCCGUUGCGGCCGACCAGGUGACGUCCUCGUUAUCGCGGCGCCCCGCCCCGUUGAAGGCGGACGAGGCCGCCGAGCCGCGCUGUAAACGAGCUCGUCCGGAGGCUGCCGACGAGCCUGCUUGCAGACUGAAGGAGCUGGAAGCCGCCGGCGUCGAGCGGCUCCGGCGCGGAGCCGUCUUUUGGCCUUCGGGGUGGCGCUCCGAGCUGUGCCGCUGCCGGGGCUGUCAGGGGAGGCUGGCGGAGGCGGGGCUCUCCUUCCUGCCGGACGAGUCGGACACGGUCUUGGCCUACGAGACCAAAGGCAAGCGCGAGGAAGGCGGCGCGCCGGCUCACGACCCGCUCAUGUCGGCGCUGGACAGCCUCAACCGCGUCCAGCAGCUGGAGAUCAUCCACGGCUACAACGACAUGAAGAGCGAGCUGAAGGACUUCCUGCAGACGUUUGCCACUGAAGGGAAGGUCGUGACCUCCGACGACAUCCGUCAGUUCUUUGAGCGGCAGCAAAGUCGCAAAAGAAGACAAGCGGACGGCCACUUCAACUGCGUCUGACGCCCGCCCGCUUUCGACCGCCCACCUUUUCCCUGCUCUUGCUUUUUUUUUCCUCAUUCCAAGCGGUUUUCUCGCCUUCCCUUUUGCAAGCAAAUAAAAACCGUCCACGCUGGAA